AUUUCCAAAUCCUAAAAUAAUUGAUUCCAAACAAAGCGUAAAACUCACCAUAAAGCACUUGCCUAGGGUUUAGAAGAGCCUCCGUCUGCUCUAGUCUCUACCUCUCAACCCCGCUGCCCAAACCCCUAUCUCACUCACUCAUAUCGGAAUACGAUGGCGCCAAAGAAGGAAAAGGCUCCUCCUCCGUCUUCCAAGCCAGCUAAAUCUGGCGGUGGCAAACAAAAGAAGAAGAAGUGGAGCAAGGGAAAGCAGAAGGAGAAGGUGAACAACAUGGUGUUGUUUGACAAGGCCACUUACGACAAGCUCCUUUCUGAAGCACCCAAGUACAAGCUCAUCACCCCUUCCAUUCUCUCUGAUCGUCUCAGGGUUAAUGGAUCACUUGCUAGGAAGGCAAUAAGAGAAUUGAUGGCUAGAGGUUUGAUCAGAAUGGUAUCUGCCCAUGCGAGCCAGCAGAUUUAUACCAGGGCAACUAAUACCUAGAUGCCUCGUGCCUUUCUUUAUAGAACUCCAUGGAAUUGGUAAUUUAGAGUGCUGCUAUGUUUGAGUUGGCUUAAACUCUCAUUUAUGUUCUGUGAAGACACAGUUUUGGCUAGUCAUAGCUGUUUUGAUUUGGUAUGAAUAUUAAGUUUCAUUCGAUUUAUUUCUAUUUAAUGGGGAAUCUAUCAAACCUUUCAAAAGUUUCA